GACGCAUCCAUCCACCACCAACAACCACCAGCACUUGAUACAAGUUUCCACAGAGUGGGAAGGUUGUGUACCCUAAUCCGAAAAACCACACUCGCACUCCCCAAGCCCAAGAAUCCAGUCCACGAUGACAAUCACAAUGUCCAAGACCCCUACGUUCGAAGAGAUCACCAGCUGCCAGCGCGCCCUCUUCGAAUGGGCCGACAGCUACGACACGAAAGACUGGGAGCGUCUGCGGGCGAGCGUGGCUCCCACCCUGCGUAUCGACUACCGGUCCUUCCUCAACAAACUCUGGGACGCGAUGCCGCGCGACGAGUUCAUCCGCAUGGCCUCCGACCCGCGCUUCCUGGGCAACCCGCGCCUCCGGACGCAGCACCUGGUCGGGCUGAGCGCGUGGGAGAAGACGGCCGACGACGCCAUCGUGGGCCGCCACCAGCUGCGCGUCGCCCAUCAGCGGUACACGGACGAGACCCUCGCCGAGGUGGCGGUCAAGGGCCAUGCGCACGGGACGGCGACCAUGUGGUACGCCCGCGUCGAGGGCGAGUGGCGCUUUGCGGGCGUGUGUCCCCAGAUCAACUGGACGGAGUUUGACUACGACCAGGUGUUUGCGGAGGGGAAGGAGCAUUUUGGGGAGGAGGGGGGCGCGGACUCGGAGGAGAAUGGGCAAUGA